AUGGCUGCAGUUUCAGAUCUUUGCGAAAGACAUCGCACCAAGCAAAGUGACAUACUGCAAUAUCUUGGUACAGGAUUUGAUGUAUAUUUGACAGAUGAGCCAUGUGCAAUGUGUGCUAUGGCUUUAGUACAUUUUCGUGUUGGACGAGUAUUUUACGGAAAACGUACCCCUUCAGGUGGAGUAUAUGAAUCGUGCUGGAGAAUACAGGAGGAGAAAUCGUUGAAUCAUCAUUAUGCAGUCUUUCGGAUCGAUGAAUUUGUUUAA